AUGCUUUCCGCGGAAAUUCGCUCGGUCCGCGGCUUGGGCCGUAGAGUCUGCUUGCCCCCACAUUGCGGGUUUUCUGCUUCUCAAGCGCAUUUCUGUAGGUUUCUGGAUGUGUGUGGUUCAAAGAGAAGUGCACUAGAGGCCAGAGCUAGGGAUUGUCCUCGAGACUCGGUGCCGUCCUCGUCGCACUCCCGUCCCAGGCUUUUUACCGUCUCGCCGGGCGAGCGGCGCCGCCCGUUGAUUUCCUCGCUUGCCUUGCCUUCAGGCGGGAGGGCGCCUCUGCCAGAGGAGCCGAGGCCAUCAUUCGUCAACUUCGCUUCGCGCAAACACCAGUCGCUCUCCGCGUGCGACGCCGCCGCGACCCUCUCCGCCGUCUGCGAGCAGCUGGUGGGGUGUGACGACGACUCCGCCAAAAUGUCCGCGAAAGCGCCUCCUCCCUCCAUGGGGGCUCGACCCCUGACCCUCGACGAGUUGGCCUGCUACGCGUUUGGAGAGUUUGCGUGCGCAAUCGACCCUGCUUUGCUCCCCAAGCUGAAUCGCGAGUUCGGGCGGCGAUUCGCGCCGCAGCAGGCGAGCGGCGCGGGGCCUGUCUUCUCGUCUCUCAGUCUCCCAACCUUGCCGGAGGGCGCCCCAGUCUUGCCUUCGCCUGCAGUGCGAGCGACAGCGGUCCUCCGAAUCGUCUCUCUGCUCAACAACGCGGCAGGCGUGCGGCCCGCAGUCCUCGCCGCUCUGUGCGCGCUUCUCAACGAGGCGCCCGAAAAUUCGGCAGCCAGCAGCUCCUCCUCCUCUGGUGGCUUUCGCCUCCCUCGCCACCCGCUCCCGUCGGGCGCCUCCGCGCCUCCGCCCCCCUUCACCAGCUACCCGAGUGCGCUUCAGUACAUGUUGAGCGGCGCGCUGGAGCACCUGGCCGCAACGGACCCCUCUUCGGCUGAAACGAUCUCUGUUGACGAAGCUGCGGCUUUCUGCGGCGGAUGCAGCGAAGUCGCUGGCCGUCUGUUUGUCGCCUCCAGGCUCCUCUCGGUCCUCGUGACCCUGCAAGACUGCAACGCCGCCCUCCUCACGGAGGCCCUGAUGCUCCCCACGGACUUCUUCGGUCAUCAGCAGCGGCGCCUGCCUCCGCUCAAGGGUAUUGAGACGUCUGCAACCCACAUUGCGAAUCUGCUUCAUGACAGCAAACUCCCGCAGAGCGCCAGAAAGAGCAUCGCCGAGGCCAACGACCUCUGCGCCGCGCUCCCUCUCCUGCUUCCUGCGCUGGGCAACCUGCGUGAGGCGCUCAAGUCCCUCGCCCUCUACUUGAACGCUGAGCUCAAGGGCAGCGCGGAGCGCCCAGCCUCGGCGCCUCCGGCGGCCGAGUCUCUCUCCGCCGCCGCGGACUCAGCCGACGCAGCGGUCUCGAAGGCCAUCUCCGAGCGCACCGCGGACGUGUGCUCGUCGCCGGCGCCCUCGUCUCCCUUCGCCCUGUUUAGGCCCAGCGCCGCCGGUGUGAAGGCCGCACUUGACACGCUGCUGCAGUGCCUCGCCGGUGUGCUGCAGACGCUCGUCGCAGCGUCCGCGGGGCUGGUGCCGCCCACCUUGAGCAGCGCGGAGUGGCCUGUGGUGGAAGAAGAGGCGGGAGAAGAGCCAGCGCACAGACCGCCGGAGAGUCCGGAGUGCAACGUGUUUUUGGGCCUGGGCACUGAGGCCGUCCGACGCGCGCGGGUGACGGACUUCGUCCAGCGCGUCGGCGACCUCGCCGCGGGAGCGGGCUCGGCGACGGCCGCUGCGGCGGACUCCGGCCUGGAUCUCGUUUUGCAAAUCGAGGAGCGCCUCGUGGCUCUCCAAGAGAUCUCCGCUCUUCAGACCGCGCUGCUGCUUCAGCUCGUCGAGGCCGCAGACGUGAAGGCCUUUCUCGACGCCGUCGCCAAGGCGGAGAAGAAGGCCAAAGGCAAGAAGAAGCUCACGGUCGCCAGGUACGGAAUGAGUCAAGGCACGCGGCGCUACCAGCAGUAUCUUCUCGAACUCGUGCGAGAGGCUCUGGCACAGGGCGAGAAGAAAGAAGACGCCUGUCUCUCGGCCUUGCGAGCGGUUUUGCUCGCGGGGGGGCCGGAGGAGGCGGAAGCCGCGGCGGCGGUCGCGCCCGCUGGAGGCCGCGUGUCUCUGGCGUCGUUCUCCGAGCAGGAGGCGCAUCUCGAAGUCCUGCUGACGCCGAUCAACCAAGUGCGGCGCAUCCCGAAGCCCGCCAAAGGAACUCAAGACUUUGGUCCUGCGCAAAUGGCUGUUCGCGAACUCGUCCUCGGCGCGAUUCGCGACGUUUUCCGGCGCCACGGAGGCGUGGAAAUCGACACGCCCGUCUUCGAGUUGCGCGAGACGCUGCUGGGCAAGUACGGUGAAAACCAGAAGCUCGUCUACGACUUGAAGGACCAGGGCGGCGAGCAGCUGUCGCUGCGCUACGACUUGACGGUGCCCUUUGCGCGCUACGUGGCGAGCCACGACGUGGAGAAGAUCCGCCGCUUCCACAUCGGCAAAGUCUACCGGCGCGACGAGCCGCAGAUGAACCGCGGCCGCUUCCGCGAGUUCUACCAGUGCGACUUCGACAUCGCGGGCCCCUCGCCGCUCAAAAUGGCACCCGACGCCGAGGCCGUGGCGAUCAUGACAGAGGCGCUGCGGACGCUGCAGGGCAUGGUGGGACGGUUCCACGUCAAGACCAAUCACCGCGUGCUGCUCGACGGCAUGAUGGAGGUCUGCGGGCUGCCGGCGGACAAGUUCGCAACGACCUGUUCGUCGAUCGACAAGCUCGACAAAGAGCCUUGGGCUGCCGUCCGAGAGGAGCUCAUCGACUCCAAGGGCGUCGCAGUGCAAGUCGUGGAUCGCCUCGGCGAGCUCGUGCAGAAGCGCGGCACCUUCUCGGAGUUGAUCGCGGACUUCCGCGCGCAGCCGGCGUUCGCCAGCAACGGGAAGGUCGCGCGGGCGCUCGAGGACAUGGAAAUCUUUGCGCAGUACAUCGACGCCAUGGGCGUCCGCGAGGACGAAGUCAUCUUCGACCUCUCGCUGGCGAGGGGCCUCGACUACUACACCGGCAUCAUCUUCGAGGCCGUGCUCCUCGGAACAGACGGCGCGCGCGUCGGCUCGGUCGGCGGAGGUGGGAGAUACGACAACCUUGUGGGCAUGUUCAGCGGGCGCGACGUCCCAGCUGUCGGUAUGAGUGUCGGCGUCGAGAGGCUCUUCCGCAUGGUCGAGAAGAGCCUCGGCAUGGCCUCUGCGUUGCCCGGCGCCGAAGACGAAGAGGAACAGGCCGGAGACAAAAAGAAAAAGAAAAAGGAGGACAAAUCCGCCGUCGAACCGUCCAGUCAAGUCCGCGAGAGCUUCACAGACGUCCUCGUCUGCUCAGUGGGAGACAACAUGCUCAAGGCUUGCAUGAGCGUUGCAGGCAACCUGUGGAAGAACGGAGUCGCAGCUGAGUUUUUCUACGGCGCGGGAGCCAAGUUGAAGAAGCAGAUGGAUCUCGCCUGCCAGCGUAGGAUUCCGUUGCUCGUUAUCCUUGGACAAGAGGAGCUGGAGAGGAAGACGGCGAAGGUUCGCCAGCUGUGGUAUGACGACGACGAGAAGCGGCCGGAUACGAACGAGGAAGGCGGUGCAGGGGGAAAGGAAGAGGAAGUUCCGCUGGAGCAACUCGCUGAAGUGAUUAAGGCCUACUUUGCUCAGCACGGCACGACGUUCGACCGCAUGCGGAGGCGCGUCUUCCAACACAACUCCGCAUCGACCAACUGA